UGGUCUCCUGCUGUAGCUCCCUGCAGGGUCUCCUCACGCCGCCGUGUGGCGGACACUGGAAGCGCGCACGCCGCGGGGGGUUUAAAAGCCUCAACUGAGGAGGAGCUGCUCACAGUAUAAGGAGCUCCACAGCGGGAAAAGUUUACCUCCAACUAUCACACUCGACUAAACGGAGAGGAGAAGCAGCAGAGAUGGCAACUCAAGCGCAGCAGCCGCCCCACCUGCACCUGGCUGAGCUCACCGCAGCGCAGUUCAUCGACAUCUGGAAACAUUUCGACGCAGACGGAAAUGGUUACAUCGAAGGGAAGGAGCUGGAGAGCUUCUUCAAAGAGCUGGAGAACGUGAGACGAGGAGCAGGAGCAGGCAUGGACCCUUCACAUGCUGCAUUCAAGGAAAAGAUGAAGGAGUUCAUGGCCAACUUUGACAAGAACUCUGAUGGGAGAAUUGAGAUGUCGGAGUUGGCUCAGCUUCUACCCACAGAGGAAAACUUCCUGCUCUGUUUCAGAGAGUUUGUGGGAUCCAGUUCUGAGUUUAUGGCUGCCUGGCGGAGGUAUGACACUGACCGCAGUGGAUACAUUGAGGCAAAUGAGCUGAAGGGUUUCCUGACAGACCUGCUGAGGAAGGCAAACAGAGACUACGACGACAAGAAGCUCAAAGAGUACACACAGACAAUUUUGAAGAUGUUUGAUCUUAAUGGUGACGGUAAACUGGGUCUCUCUGAGAUGGCGAGGCUCUUGCCAGUCCAGGAAAAUUUCCUGCUGAAGUUCGAGGGCAUCAGACUCACAGUGAAAGAAUUUGACUCCCUCUUCACCCUCUAUGAUAAGGAUGGUAAUGGCUAUAUUGAUGAGCAGGAGCUGGAUGCUUUGCUGAAGGACCUCUGUGACAAGAACAAAAUGGACGUGGACUCAACAGGACUUGGGGGUUACAAGAAGAGCAUCAUGGCUCUGUCUGAUGGAGGGAAACUGUACCGCACUGAGCUGGAGAUUGUCCUCUGCCGGGACUCCACGCUGUGACCUCCCCCCUUGGGACCCCUCCAUCUUAACUCUAUUCGACUGCCUCCUCCUUCCUACCUCCUGAUGUAACCUGGUGCAUGUCUGACCCUUAACCUUGCUACACCACUUAGAGUUAAAACUAAAGUGCUCCUGAAAGCACAAAGUGUACCGCUGGCCCUGCUGUUUUAACCCCUCUGAGGUCUUUCUUUGAAUUUUAUCUGCAGGUCCAUAGUGAAAUAUCCAUAGCAAUGACUACACAGAUAUAUUGUGUAUUUAUUUGUUUGACUUCCUGUUUUUAACAUGCAUUUGUAUUUUUUACAUUCAUCUCAUAUCUAUAUCCGUUCUCCUCUAAAUGAGUUUAAAAUACUUGUGUUCCAUAGCAUCUGCUCAUUUGUUUUAUUUAUUUCUAUUUAAUUCGAUAUUAUCCUGUUUUAUUUGAUGAGGCUUGUACUGUUCUAUUUAAGAUAUAUUAAAGAUAUUACUGAGAGAAUGAAUAAAUGUACCGUGAGA